AUGGUCUGGAUAGUGGCUGUAGUAGGAUUCUGGGAGCGAGCAGCCUUUUGGGGCAUCGCUGCGCCUUGGCAAAACUACAUGGAGAAUCCACAACAUUACACCAUAGAAGGCACCCCGGGAGCCCUGAAUCUCGGCCAGGCAACAGCAACACGCAUCUUCUGCGGUUUCUUUGUAGUCUACUUCACCUGCCCAAUCCUCUUUGCACCACUGGUAGACAGUCGUGUGGGACAGUACAAGACAUUAGUCAUCAGCCUUGGAGUGUACGUGCUAGGAUGCAUUGCCUUGGCCAUCAGUUCGUACCCGAGCAUGCUUGACCGAGGAGCCGGCCUUCCGGGUUUACUCAUGUCAAUGGCCUUGAUCGCCUUAGGAGGCGGAUGUUCGCAAGCUACCAUCAGGUCCUUUAUUGCUGCGCAGUACAAAGAUAGGACCCCACGACUCCGAACAUGCCCGCCAUCUCGAAAUCGAUGCUUGGAUUUCCUUCGAAAGCGGUUGCAGAAUACAAACUUCUCCAAAUGGCUGCCAGCCGCUUCGACUGAAGAAGUCGUCGUAGUCGAUCCUGAACUUACCCUCAAGUUCAUAUAUACCUUGCUGUUUUGGGUUGGGAAUGUAGGCGCACUGUUGGUGUUCCCAAUUGUUUGCAUCGAGAGAUUUUUUGGCUUCUUCCCCGCCUUUGUCUUGGGCGGCGGCUGUGCACUCAUGGCCUUUUCGAUCAUCAUUGCUGGCAAGAAAUACUUUGUAAAACCUCCCCUUGCAGACAAUGUGAUGAUACCAGCAACGAAGGUACUUGGCUGUGCUGUGCGCAACAAAUUUGAGAUGAAGCGUACAGACCCUGCUUACCAGCUUGCCAAUCGAGGCAAAAUAGUGCCCUGGAGUAGCGAAUUAUCCAAUGAAAUCACACGCGCAUUGGGUGCUUGCAGGGUUCUUCUAGCAUUCAUCAUUUUCUACAUUUGCUUCGACCAAAUGCAGAACAACCUGAUAUCUCAAGCAGGUGACAUGAACAAAGGGCAGACACCCAACGAAGUCGUACCAAGUAUGAACCAGGUCGCCUGCAUCGUCAUCAGUCCGUUAGUAGAAUACGUUCUUGAUCCAGCACUUUCCAAGCAACGCAUUUACCUGAAGCCCGUUACUCGCAUCGCCAUUGGCUUUACUUUCAUCUCGCUUUCCAUGGCUUACGCAGCCGUGGUACAGCACUUCAUCUAUAUUUCCCCGCCUUGUUUCAAUCAUCCGUCUUCAUGCGAGGACCGUCAUCUGGUUGCCCAGCAACGACCGAACAUUUGGAUACAAACGCCUGUAUUUGUGCUCAUGGCUGCGGGCGAGGUCUAUGCCAUGACUACGGCCAUGGAGUACGCAGAGACGCAUUCGCCCAAGGAGACGAAAGUGCUCGUACAAUCUAUCAACAUGCUCAUUACCGGCGUCGGGUCCAUGUUUGCCAUGGCAAUUGCUGAAGCGGCUCGCGACCCAUAUUUGAUGAUCUUCUACUCCAGUCUGGCCGGUGCCAUGGCUCUCACCACAAUUGUGUUCUACGCCUUGUUUCGGAACAAAGACGAGUCCAGUCUUCCAUUCAAUUCAGAGGGCAUCAUAAAGAUGGAGAAUGAAGAGGGUAAUGACAUUUCUUGUGCAGCACGUGCACCACGGGAUUCUGUGCACCCAGAUACGAGUAUUGGUACCCAGGCGAUGGUCACCAAAGCAGAGUAGAGAGACUUCCCAAGUAUUUCCCGCGUUCAGAC